AUGGCCGACACAAAUCACGACGAGGAAGCUGCUGUUUCCGCUCACGAUCGCGGCCUACUCGACUACGAGUCCGCGACAUCCGACUCUCACCUGGACGCCGCGCCUCGAGAUGACUCGGGCCUUUCGCUGCCUGUUCCGGUCUGGCUAUCGGAGUCAUCAAAGGCGUUUAAAUGGAAGUGGGUUCCCUUGCCGUUGAGAAAGGCUGGCAGGUCCACCGUCGCCUUCCUUCGGGGUCCGCAGCCUCCGCAAGAUCUGCGCUUCAAGCCUCUGUUCCCCCGUAUUCAAGAAUUUCCAGUACAGCUUCUGGAUCGCUUCUUGCCGAAAAGAAAGCACAAGAUCGCGCUUCUGCUUUUCGUCUAUUUCAGCUGGUUUCUGUCGUGGUCCUUGGUCCUGAGGCACUCGGUCUCUUCUGGUUAUAUCAAAGGCUAUGGCAAACCGCAACUUAUUUCCUGCAGCGCGAGUUACUGGUCUAAUGGCAACCAGUGUGGUUUGAAUGGUAGCUUAAAGUUACUGAAGCCCCAUACCGUGGGAAACCAGACCCUCAACUACCAACCCCUGAUUAUCGGAGGCCCACAGCCUGGGUCUACAGACAACAUCUAUCGAGCCGAUAGUUUUGUCUGUCAAGCCGCAAUGCAUGCCGGCGCCAUAUCUGACACAGGCGGCUGUGGCGUUGUCGAGCUUACAGGCGCUUCACAUAGUUACUCGUCAAGUUCAGAGAACGGCUUUACUUCAACCCUGUUUCCGUCAACAUUUCCUAAAUCGUUUCGUUUCUUGCGGCUUUCCAAGUCUCAGUCGAGCUGCCCGCCAGAUCUAAGAUGGCCAUUAUUUGCGAUCGCCGCGAGCACUAUUGUGCUGGUUUCGAUCUUCACGACGUCUCCCGCUGUUUUCUUCUUCACGACUUUCUUUAUUCUCAUAAUCCACGUUGGGUUGGUUUCUGACCCCCCCAAUAUCCCUGAAGUCCGUGAGCUGCUUUCACUCCUGGCUGCUCGACUCCUUCCCGCUAGCUUCAUAGCGUAUGUCCUCUAUAUUUACUGCGCCCUGCCGCUCCUGGCACCUCUUUCGUCGCCUCCCGUCUAUCAGUUGAGCAAGACGAUAUUGUAUCUAGGACCUGCUUUCAUCGGGGCGUUGAAUAACUAUACUUUUGCUGUUUGGAUACCAAUCCAACGCUUGACCCCCCAUGAUCUGAAGAACCAGCCCGGUGCGCCGCUUGCCUUGGUGAUUGUACUCUCCAUUGUCGUCAUGAUCGUUCUUUGCCAAGUUUGGUAUAUCCGUAUUGGCGGCCUAUUUUUCCGAUAUUUGAAGAUUUACGCCAUAAUUGGCACUGCACUCAUUAUCUUGCUCGUCCUGCCUGGAUUCCGCCUUCGGAUUCACCACUACAUUCUGGGCAUCCUACUUAUGCCGGGCACUUCUUUUCCCACCCGACCAUCGCUGAUCUUCCAGGGUCUCCUUCUCGGUCUAUUUAUCAAUGGGGUUGCGAGAUGGGGUUUCGCGUCCAUCAUUCAAACACCGAACGCGCUAGGAGAACCGCCUAGCCCUGGUGGCUCUGACGGGUGGUGGGGUGCGACGAGCCCAAACAUCACCAACUCAUCCGUUUCCAUUUCGUUGCCUUCUGGGCCCGAGUAUCAUGGCAACGGCAAUAUCACGUUUAGUCUCUGGGAAAAGGAGAGGAUGGCAACGCUUCGCGUUGACGGCGUUAGUGUUCUUGUGAACGAUGUUGAGAGAUGGCGGACAUAUUUGGAUGAGGAUAGGAAAGGGACGUUUACGUGGCACAGACACGGCCACCGCGGCCUCGAUAUGUCGGACAGAGACGACGGAGCUCCCGAAGAUCUUUUCUUUCGGUUUGCGUUUCUACGCGGCUCGACUGCUGGGAAAUAUGGGGGGGUUGGGGUUUGGAAUAGCGACGGCAGCUGGAUCUCGCCACCACCACCACGGACCUGA